AUGGAGGACCACGUGAUGGCACACAACAAGGAGAAGCGUUAUGAGUAUGACGUGUGUGGCAAGCCUUCAUCGCCAGAGCUGAAGUUGCACAAGCGCGUGCACACCGGGGGACGACCGUACACCUGCAGCGACUGUGGCAAGGGCUUCAUCCAGUCCGGCAGCCUGCUGGUGUACCAGCGCACCCACGCCUGCGAGCGUCCCUUCACCUGCAUCCAGUGCGGCAAGGGCUUCGCCCAGUCCCACAGCCUGCUGGUGCAACAGCGCACCCAUACCGGCGAGCGAUCCUACACCUGCGCCCAGUGCAGCAAGGGCUUCAACGAGUCUGGUCACCUGCUGAG